CAAUUUUAUCGCACUUGUUCGAGAAAAUGGAAACCGGCGCAUUCAAAUUUUGAAAUCCCACAAAGAAAAGAGUUAUAGAGAGAGAGAGAGAGAGAAGGAAGAUCAGAGUAGCAACCGGCGGCAGUAGGCAAGGAUGAUGAAGUCUUACUACAAGCAGAAAAAGCCCAACCGGAGCGACGCCAUCGGCAAACCCUCCAAGUCAAUCAAGAAGAAAUCCCCGGCCGCCUCUCUCGGCGCCGCCGCUGCUCAACCCGCCGCCUUAAUCACUUCUCCCCACGGCGAUCCUGAUCUCCAAGAAGAUGUGGAAAAGAGCGAGCAGGUACUGCGGGAAUUUGACAUGAACAUGGCGUACGGGCCUUGCAUCGGAAUGACGAGAUUGGCACGCUGGGAGAGGGCUCAACGCCUGGGUCUCGAUCCCCCCGGCGAAGUCAGGAGUCUGCUGGACUCCGGCAAAGCCCAGACGAAGAGCCUCUGGGAUGAUCGUGUCUAGAAAGAAACCCUAACUCAUCCUUCCGUCCUUUUUGAGUUUCUUAAUUGAAGUCUUGUUUCUGUGUAUGUAUGUCUUUCUGUAACAGAAUCAACGCAACCUCUGGCUGCUCUCUCUGUAAUCUCUUGCUUAGUUUGAAGUAUCGGGAUCUUUGAUUUGUGCUGAAAGUUGCUCGAUUUGAACAAGCUAGUUUUUAUCUAUAUAAAGAUGUCCAUUAUAUAUGUUUGUUAG